CAAAAACGCUUAGUCAUGCUUCACGCUUAGCCCGCGCGCGUGUGUGUGUGUCAGCAGCCAUCAGUCAGCAGGACACGUUGUGUCCUCGGGUCUGUUUGAACAUUAACCGGAUGCAGUUGUUUUGAAAUUUGCUGUCUGCUUUCUCUCUCUCCGCACACACUCACACACACUCGAUCCUCCUGCUGUCGGGCCGGUGUCUCCACUUUCCGACCACAUUUGUUUCUAUGUUUUUUUGUGAUAAUGGGUGUUAAUAAAACGUACAUUAGCAUCGGCUAUGCGUCGUUUGGUGUGCUCAUGGGCUUUUCUUCUUUCCUGGUGUGGAACACCGCGUUCAGACAGCCGUGGACUGCAGCCAUGGGAGGACUGUCAGGUGUGCUGGCACUUUGGACCCUGAUCACUCACAUCAUGUACCUGCAGGACUACUGGAGGACCUGGCUGAAGGGCCUCAAGUUCUUCUUCUUCAGCGGGGUUUUCUUCUCUGUGCUGGCGGUCGUGGCCUUCAUCACUUUCCUGUCUAUUGCCAUUAGCAACAAGGAGUCCCUGACUGACCCUCACAGUCUCUACCUGUCCUGUGUGUGGAGCUUCAUGACCUUCAAGUGGUCCUUCCUGCUCACCUUGACCGCUCACCGCUACCGCAAAGAGUUUGCCGAUAUCAGCAUCCUCAGUGACUUCUAAGGGCAUUUAAACGUCCAGCGGUAACUUCGCAGGCUUCGCUAACUGUGCUGGCCUCCCAGCCUGAGAGCGCCACAGUCCAGACGGGAAGGACGACGUUUAAAGAGGAAUCAGAGGUUGAAAUACUUUGUGCUGUGGUCGACCAACCUGAUCCUGGUGGCUCCCUUGCCUAUACUCCCAAACCUCCUCUCUUUUUUCAUUAUGUGUGCAGGGUUUGUUGUUGACUUUACAAAUCCAGCCCUAUUUUCUAUGAUCCUUGAUAGAUUUUACAUUUUCACUUCCUUCACAUCCCGCUCAGUCAUGCAUCUGCACAAUUUCCUCCUGACAAAACCAAAAUGUGGUCAUUUUUAACCGUGACUCAGCGGAGGGAAGCGCUGGAUUUCAAAACACUCCUCAACGCUCGUCACCAUUCGCAGUGUCGUGCUGUCGCCACUAGAGGGCGACACCCCUCCAACAAUUAAACACCAUGAGUGCUUGACAUCCCAACUUACAUCUACAUAUUCUGUUAAAUCUUUUCUGGUUUGAUGAAUGAUGACGAGAUUUUUUUUUCUUUUCAAAACAAGUUGUACAAAGAGCGCUGAAGUGAUGAAAUCUGUACAUCACAAGGCAUCAGUCCUGUGGUGAACACAGCGCUUUAAAGUUGAUGUACAUCAGGGUCUUGCAGAGGGCAGGUCACACAAAACCCUGCAGCAUCAACGUGAAGGCUUUCACGCACACUUCCAAAUAAGCACCACAUGUCCUGCCUCAAUGUAUGUCUGAACCAUGAAGUGGCAUUUUAAUGUAAAGAGUGAUCUUUGUAUUAUUUUAAUCAGUGGGAUGAAAACACUCAAAGGAAAAUAAGUGUGAGUGUGAAAACAGGGCUCAGUUAUGGCUUUAAUUCCUGACAUGCAUGCUUUAUGUUUAUUGUCCUCGUCAAAACCAUUAAUGACAUUUAUAUUGUUGCGUCAUGAGAUUAUUUUGCUGUGUUUCCUUCAAAUGUUUGUCUCUGCACAUGAAGACCGGCAUUGUGUAUCCGCAUAUAUCACUGGACUGAAUGUAGGAGUGUGUGUCUGUAUAGGAGUGUGUUAAUAAAAU